UAAACUUCGGUGCAGUGGGGUAAAGGAGCUUCGAGCAGCAAUGCGAGCGUGGCUAUACGCAGCAGCGGUGACAACGCUGCUAGCGCUGCCGGCAGCAGCAGCGCGACGCAGCGACCAGGACUUCGAAUUCGACGAUGAUUCGGAAGCGAACGUCGACUUGACGCCUGUGCACUCCCGCAAGCCACGACGCUACAUCUACGACCCCCACAAUUCCUUAUGCCAGUCUCUGGUCUGCAAGAGGAGAGAGGUGUGUUUGUUGAAGGAUGCCUUCACUGCACUUUGUGCCAACAAGAAAGAAAUAUUACGGAAAGGUGAUACGAUAGUAGCGGGUAGUGUGCGUGAAGACAGCGUAUGGGGUCGAGAGGAUGACGACGAUGUGUUUUAUGAGGGAGGCACUGGUUCCGAAACUGGUGUACGAGUCGAUACCAGCUCUGACACAGAGGAGUCCGCCGCGGCGUCUCGCUGCGUAGGUUGUCCAGCUCGAGGCCGCGCUGAAUUCCUGUGCGGUUCCGACAACCGGACGUACUCGUCACUGUGCCGGCUGGACUUACACAACUGCGUGCGACGUACGGCUCGACCUGUGCGCCUCGCCUGUCGCGGCUUCUGUCCGUGCACACGCCGGCGUACCCACGCCAAACCAGACAGGGAGUGGCGCAGACGCAAAGCUGAUUCAGAACGUAAUGAAGUAUUGCCAGAACGACCUGCACGUCGUCGUAACGAACUAGGUUCCGAAGAGUGUGCAUUAGACAAAAUGGCGAAUCGGUUGCUCGACUGGUUUUCGGUGUUAAUGGAAGAAGCUGGAGAAACUCACGCGCCUGAAGAAGGUUUUCCAAGUGACUGCAAAGCCGAAGUUCGUUGGAUUUUCGCGCAUCUUGACACCGAUGGCGACGGAUUUCUCUCACCUACUAAUCUCUACUCAUUGAGGCACGACGAUCGCGAGCGGUGCUUGCGACCGUUCCUUGCGUCGUGCGGCGACGGCGCGGCCGGGGGCGCGGGCGUGUCGCGCGCCGCGUGGUGCGGCUGUCUGCGGCGGGGCGCGCGCCCGUGUACCGCGCUCGCCCGCGCGCUACCGCCGCGCCGCGCCUCCUACGUGCCUGCCUGCGACUCGCGCGGCUUCUACCGCCCGCGACAGUGCCACGCUGCCAUCGGGGUGUGCUGGUGUGUGGAUGCGCACGGUGCCGAGCUGCCCGGCACCCGCACGAAGGGCGCGGCCGCGUGCCCGCCGGCGCACGCAGCGCUCGCACCCGCGCCCGCGCCACCCGAGGGCGCGCCCGCCGACGACGAGGACGCGCCCGGCAGCGGCGACAUGGAGCUACGCUUCUAAAUACAGUCCACCAUUCUACGUCAAACCUUACCACAUGCUUUUUUGUAUUAUCCCAGGCGGGAGAGCGCGUGAGAAAUCCUCGUGGACAGAGCUGGAUUUAAGGCAGAGCAAGCGAGGCUGGAGAUAAAAAAAUUAGCUAAAUUUCGACAGGUCACUAACCAGGGGACAAAUCGUAAGUGGCUCGAGGUGCCAGAUUUUAUAACUCACCCACUCCUUCGUUCCUCCACACCUCUAAAUCCGGCCCUGCUCAUGGAUAUCAGCAGAAUUGGGUAUUUUAUACGCGCUAGCUGUCUAAGUUAGAGUGACUUACUUGACUAAAACGCAACUGUGGAAGGACGUCUCUGGCCAUAACACUUCGUCUGAUUCAUUCGACCAGAAACCACAUGCUACAGACCAUAUAGACACAAAAAUUGGACUGAGGAUUCAGCCAGCUAUCAGAAAAAUUCGAAUGCGAAGUAUGGGUCGUUCGAUCAAUUCAUCUCUUUUUUCACUUUACUGCCCAUUGGACUUCACACGAUUCGUUUUCUCGCAGAUAAGUGUGAAUAAGACAGAGCGAUCGUACGGCCAUAGUUCAUCCUAUAUAUCUGUCAGCUGUAACAACGCUGUCUUUCUGGAGAGUUGUAAAUUGCGUCCAUUCUCUGUUUAUGGUUGUGUGCAACGAUCGAUUGUUGAAAAAAGACGUAAAAAAUGCUGACAUAUUAAAAGAUCAGUCCAGAUCCCUGGACAGUAGCCCUGCCCUGCCUCAAAUUCGACCCUGAAAUGGUUUGUUUAAGGUUGAUACAAAACUGACAAACGAGAUGAUUCAAAAUUUCUUAAAUAUUGUACAUUUGGUGCAGUGUGGUGUUCCACAGGGGUCAAGUCAAGCCAGGUCAAGUCCUUGGACCACUCAUGUGGUAUCGUCACGAUUGGAUGUUUCACGGAGUCCAGGGGGGCAUUCGCCUAACGGGAUUUGCUUAGGAAAACGCUAUCACUUACGUUUUCAUUUUAUUAUUUCUAGCCACCUGAGGUUUUCAAAUGCCUCGCGCUCUUUUUUUCUUUUGCAUUGGUAAUAACAAUAUAAAAGAAAAUGAGCGUGAGGUAUUUAAAAACCUUCGGCGGUCAGAAAUAUCCAAAUGAAAUCGUAAGCGAUAGCGUUUUCCAAAGCAAUCCCGUUAGGCGAAUGGCCGCCAGCUCCUCCGAGAUAACCUGUGGUGAAAAAAGGGCUUAUUUUUUCAUAUUACAAGUCUCAGUAAUGUUUAUCCGAUUUCCUUUAUUGUUAAAAUAUUUGUUACUGUCGAUGAUUUGGUACUACCUAUAUAUCUUUUUUCUGAAAUAAUAACUUAUAUUCUAUUUGGAACGAGACAAGCUAGCGCUUCAUGUACCAUGAAUAAGCCAUAAUUAUUAUAGGUCAAUGUUUCUUAGUUUUGAAAGCAUUCAGUAUGGAAUGGCAUUCGAAAUGUUAGUUGUAAGAAUGAAAUAGUACCUAUACACGCAAUUCGACUGACGCAUUCGGCCUGAAGCCUAUGCUCAAAUAUAUUAUAUACAUAAAAUAAAGUAUAUUGCUGGCUUAACUCCUAUCAAUAUAUGGAUAAAUAUGAAGAGUAAUCAUCGUUUGAUAUUGUUGUUGUUACUGUGUGUACAGUAUAUACUUUAACUUUCAUAACUACAUUAAAAUUAAUGAUAUUUCUAAUUAUAAUGACAAAACUAAGCUUAUGAAUGUUUGAUAUUAACUAGUUUAGUAGAAUUGAGUUAUGGAAGUAAAGUCUUGUGUUUGUGGAACAAAGAUAAUAGGUAUAUUUACUCGUAUAAGAGUGUAGAACUAGAACGAAAGUAUGUAAUAGGUAUCUAUAAAAUCCACCGAUACUUCCAGGUACUAUUCUUCCUUAUAACUUGCUUAGGUAGGUUCUACAUACAAAUGUUAGUUAUUAAUUAUUAUAAAAAUGUAAGAAAAUUCCAUCCUUGCUAAGUCCAUCAAUAUGUCAGUAAGUUUCUUUUCACGUAGGUACUAAAUUAACGUGUAAGGUGAUUAAUUUUUAUAAGGUUCUUGCCUAGUUGUUGAGUUAGUAAAAGUUUAUUUUACUGGUUAUGAUGUUAGAAAUUAUAAGACUAGCUUUUAGUUUCUGUAGAUAAUGUGAGAUCUGCACAAUGUUACUAAUCUUUAUUUCUGGUGAUAAUUAUAAAUUAGCUUUAUUAUUUUUACUACAAGCGGUCUAAUUAACUCCUUAUUUUGUGAUAAAUUAUGUACUUCGUGGAGACUUAAAUUUUACUUAAAUAAUUAAGAAUGAUUAUGCAAAGUAAAGCUUGAACGUUAAAAUUAUUCUACUUGUUUUUCCAAAUAGAUGGAAGAUAUAAGUUAACAUCUUAUGCUGGCCCUUCUCAUGAAUAUUUGUAUAUUUGCUAUUAGUAGGUUGCUCCUUUCAUUCAUUUAUACAGAUUUCUAAGGAGGAGGAAGGACGUACUGCUGUCUUCCUAUUUUAAAAAAGAGGUAUGAAUAACAAUGGGAAGCUCUAUAAUUUUUAAAUACCCACCUUUAAAGGUACUUACUGUUUAAAGUUAUUACAUAUUAAUUUAUAAUCCCAAAACUAUUAUACAAUUACUAUGUUUAGAAUCUAGUUUCCAGAAACAACGUAACAAGAAAAUUUGAGCACCAGAAGAGAUGUAUACUUUUGCAAAAGUUGUUGAAGUUUUAACUAAUGCAUAGGUAUAUCAAAUUUUAAUGUUUGAGCUUUACCAAAUUUAGAGUGGCUAAUCUACUGGUACUUAACUGGUAUAAACUUUAGUAUUUAUAUAGACAAAUUAUUUGCACUUUUUUAAAUUUUAAUCACAGUAGAAAAUGUAAUAAAAUAUAAAACUUGU